CAAUUUGGUCCACGACCACCACAAGAGUACGCUUUUCCCAGUGCCAUCAGAGUACAAUAAAUACUCACUGCUUUUCUCUAGACCAAUAUCCAGGAUGCGGUCCUCUUUGGUUCGAUCUAUACAAAUAGUCCCUCGUAGUUCUUUACCAUCAAGGACGAAAUUCAAUCCUCCGUUACAUGAGGUGGCGAAAGCUGCUGCAAAAACAGUCCAACUCACAAUCAUCGACAUUCUUACCCAGAAAAAGGCUACGGCGGCUGAUGACUGGCCCCCGAAUUUACGAAUUGAGCCAGUAGUGAAGAAGGAGGUUUUCAAAAAUGUACAUGCCACUGUUCGACCGCAGCUGAAGCAAAUGUUGAGGGAGGCCUGAUGAGCUCGUUGAUCAGAUAGCGAGCAACAUCGCGUUACUUGUGAUCAGUAAUUACGUCUCGAUAAUCUCCUUCCACGCAUUACACUGGAUUUGGACAUGUACCAGACAUGUACUCGAGAAACAAUGAGAUGGGAAAUAACUACUCUGGUUAUACUAAGAUUUACAAUACAAUAAUAAUCGUCACUAUUCGAGCUUGGAAGAAU